ACAAGACUGGCCCCAUCUUCAGGCAGUAGGUGCCUAGGGCACUCUACAGCUCUGCAGCAUGUGCUUCCAGCGUAUUAGGGAUGAGGAACCUGCCCAAGUCUACCCAGACGCACCACGAAGACAACACCCUUCAGAUGUUACUUCCAGACAGUCUUUGGAUAAACGUAUCCACUACAUGCAGAACCUAAGGAAAGAAAAAAGGAAAUUGGGAAAAAGGUUUGCAAGGCCUGCCCCCCUUCCAGAUCCAGGAAUCCUGUGGACAAGUGACUAAGCCUAGAGUCUUCUAGAAGAAACCAUUCUCAAGAUGAAGAUGUGGACUUUUGACAUUGAGCAACAAACAGGCCAUGGCUUGACUUCAUCCAAAGAAUAAAGUCAUGUUCCCCCAUUCUGCAAAAUAAACAGAGCUUGCAUUCAA